CUUCUCAGUAUUGUCCAAUGAUUUCCUCUUACGAAUCACAAUAUAUCAACAACCAUGAUGAUAUUAGUGAACAAGGAAUCUUAAAUCAGAAUCCACCACAGUCUAUUGGCUCAUCUCAACCACAAAUGAAUCAAUGUGCAAUCUUUAGAUUCGAAAUUCCUGGAUUUGAUAUAAUUAUUAGACCAAAAUCCAACUUAUCCAUGGAUUUUAAUUAUCUGGACACACAAUAUCAACUUCAACAAGAUCAAUCCUAUCCUUCCGUCUCAAUAAAAAUUAUCCUGGGUUAA